AUGAGACAUGCGCACCUCCCCCGGGGAACUCAUUCGCCCCGAGUGCACCGUGCAGGGUGGAGCACAGCGACCACCAUGCGGGGCGCGGACCUGUCGAGCCACACUCCAGUGGGCCGAGACGACCGUGGCUCUCAGCGGGUCGCGACCCGAGGCGCCCGCUGCGGCGGUGACCCGGGCGUUCGGAACACCAAGAUGCUGGACAAGACCGAGGAGGCCGCGGCCAGGGGCACCGUCGCCUCCCCGGGCGGUGCACGCCGGGAGGUCGUGCUGUCGCCGGCGACACUGGGCGCCAGACGGGUGCGGGUGCGCCCGGGAGCCACCUCCUUCAGGACGAUGCCGGUGAUGGCGUCCAGGAGGUUGCUCGUGGUGCUGCUGGUCGUGCUUGUCGUGCUCCUGGUCGCCGGAGUCGUCGUCCUCGUCCUGACGAUCACCACCGCCUUGCAGGCCGGCGAGGAUGAGCCUGACACGCAACACACUUUUAAAGCCGUCGACCUGAUGACCCGGGACGACUGGCUCGGCAGGUUGUCCAGAGGGACGCCCAGCAGGAUGACCAUGCCCGUUGACCUCGUCAUCAUUCACCACACUGCAUACGAAGUGUGCACCACCAAGGCAAAGUGCAAACAGCAGGUUAAGAGGGUGCAGAAUCAGCACAUGGAUGACCCGAACUUCCGCUACUUCGACAUCGGCUACAACUUCCUGGUGGGCGCCGACGGCCUGGUGUACGAGGGGCGGGGGUGGGACGCCGUGGGCGCCCACUUACAUGGCUGGAACCAGAAGGCCGUGGGCGUGGCCAUCCUGGGCACGUUCACGAACGUGACGGCGCCCCCGGCGCUGCAGACCGCGCUGUACAGCCUGCUGCAGUGGGGCGAGUCGCUGGGCAAGCUGACCAAAGACUACGGGAUCAUAGGCGCCUGCCAGGUCCGCGCCACAAAGAGCCCCGGCAGGCGAUUCAUGGGUGACCUGUGCACCUGGUCGCACUGGAGAAACCAGACCAGCGUGUCCAAAGCGUGCACCGAGGGCGGUAGGGCGGAGCUGACGGCCGCGCGAGGCGAUGCGAUAGCAGGAGGGUCGCCUCCAGGCGGGACGGAGGUGCCGCGGUUACAGGGCGGUCCAACGCACCGGGAUGUGGGCUAUCUGCACGCCUACGGCAUGGAACUGGACAGGGCGGGCGCGCGCUCCGGGGACACUGCCGAGGGCGUCGUUUUGGAUCAGCACGGCUGCCUCGCGGAACAGAAUGGAGGGGUGGCGGGGGCGCUGUCCCUCGCGCAGCCGCUCUCCUACGAGAGCAUCGCGGUGGAGGACAGCAGGAACAUGCAGAUCGGCAACAACAUCCACAUCUACGGCGAGGUGACGCUCGUCCUCCCCGCCUCCGAGCCCACCGGGCUCCCUGGCGCACUGCCCGACCCUGGACUGGCUGAUGACGACAACAAAACCACGAUGCACGUGAGGUUUUGGCAGCGACCUAGCUUCAGACGGGCUGGGGUGGGGUUGGCCACUCUGGCCGUGGUGGUUCUCACCGUCACGAUGGCGUCGACUCCCGAGACAGAGGCGCCGCAUCCGGAGUCUGAGUCAUAUCCCGGACUCGUGACGAGGAGGCAGUGGAACGCGACGACGGUCCGGGCGGGCGACGAGCUGCUCCUCCCCGUGAAGACCGUCGUCGUGCACCACACCCUUACAAUGGCGUGCACCGACCGGGCGGAAUGCACCAAGCAGGUCAACUGGCUUCAGCUCAAGGCCCUGAGCAACGACGACGACAUCCCUUACAACCUCCUCGUCGGCGGCGACGGCCUUGUGUACGAGGGCCGCGGCUGGAGCGUCGUCGGCGCGACCCUGCCGGACUGGGACUCCGAGAUUCUGUCGUUGGCCCUCAUCGGGAACUUCGACCACGCGUCGCCCACGGAGCAGCAGCGCGCCGCGCUGGCCAGCCUCCUGCAGUGGGGCGUCAGCAACGGCAAGGUGGACAAGGCGUACCGCCUCGCUGGCGCCUGUCAGCUGCGCGAGUACGAGUACUUCAACGACACGAGCCCGGGCGUGCUCUUCAUGCCCGAGCUGCAGACCUGGGACCACUGGUGGGACUUCAUGGUCAAUGCAACACACUCGUGUGCGUUUCAACUCCCUUGCAGUUCACGGGAGCGAGCAGAGGCUGGAGUCGACUUUCUGGUAAGUCGCGAAUGCUGGCUUGCCAGGUCAGUAAGGGGAGAAAUAGACCCCCUCCCCGGCCCCGUGAAGACCGUCAUCGUGCUGCACACCGGCGGCGGGCACUGCCAGACCAGACUGAGCUGCACUAAAGAGGUCAGGCAACGCCAGAACUUAGCUCUAGACAGCAUGAACAUGUCGGACAUCGACUACAACUUCCUGGUGGGUGGCGACGGCCUCGUGUACCUCGGGCGGGGCUGGGGCGGAGCGGGCGCCCACACCCUCCUGCACAACAACGAGUCCAUCGGCGUGGCUGCCAUCGGCAGGUUCACGUUCGUGACGGCGCCCCCGGCGCUGCAGAACGCGCUCCUCCGCCUGCUCGAGUGGGGGGUGCGGCUGGGCAAGCUGACCGAGGACUACCGGGUCGUGGGCCACUGCCAGCUCCGGCCAGCCUCGGACAGCCCCGGCAGGCGCUUCAUGCAGGACUUGCGCACGUGGAGCCACUGUAGCAGCUACACGGCGGUGCCAGAGGCCUGUACGACGUAGGCCGGCCAAGCUGGCGGAGACCGAGCGGAGAC